GUUUCUAGUACAUAAAAGGAUUAAUUGAUCUGUGGUGGACCAACAAGGGAUUGGGUCAGUUGAUAGCGCUAGUGGCCAACUUUGUUGAUAAUGGAAGGUACGAACGACGCCCGACGAUUUAGGUCAGAUCUUACUCGAUGUCGCGGACCACCCGUUGACAGCUUACCACCAUCUUAAUGCCCCAUUUCCCACGUUCGAAAGUAUUAGGUUCUUUUGAUAUCUGCAUUUUCCUCAUUAUUUGGCGAAUUGUUACGACCUUAAGGGGGCCAUCACCGCAGUCGGUACGAGCUACAAAUAUAUACUCGAGACGACGAAACCAGAAAUACUCCUCAACAACGCCAUCGUUAUGUCUGCCGCUCCCUCAGACUAUGAUCCAGAGAAGAACUUGACUCUGCCCUCUUCUGGGGGAGGCAGUACGGAUAGAAACGACUUCGCUCCUGGCCAUGCAGAGUCCAACGGGAAUUGGGGGACUCGGUUCAUCGACAGCUUCAAACGGGACCCCAACGCCCAUGUCACCAAGCCUGCGCAAGCAACUAAUCCAAGAGAAUAUGAUCACGCCGCAGCCGCAGAGAGAACGGCCAACUCCGGUCUUGCUACUAAAUUGAAAGGGAGACACUUGCAGAUGAUUGCAAUCGGCGGCUCCAUCGGAACUGGUUUAUUUGUGACAUCUGGAGCCGCGCUGUCCACGGGUGGCCCCGCUGCCCUUAUUAUUGCAUUUAUUAUUAUUGGGGUCCUCAUGUUCUGUACCGUCCAGGCUCUCGGGGAAAUGGCAGUCCUUUUCCCCGUUGCUGGAUCUUUCUCGGCUUAUUCAACUCGAUUCCUCGACCCUGCUUGGGGCUUUGCCAUGGGAUGGAAUUAUGCCAUACAAUGGCUCGUUGUACUCCCACUUGAAAUCGUUGCGGCCUCCAUAACAUUAUCUUUCUGGCCUGGAGCCAACGAUACCAACAAGGCAGCGUGGGUUACCAUAUUCUUGAUAGUCAUCGUGGCCAUCAAUUUCUUCGGUGUUCGGGGUUAUGGAGAAGCCGAGUUCGUCUUUGCCAUCAUCAAAGUUGUUGCUGUGAUCGGUUUCAUCAUUUUGGGUAUCAUCCUGAAUUGUGGAGGUGGUCCAGAUGGAGGAUAUAUUGGAGGACGAUACUGGAAGAGCAACAACGUUCCCGCAAAUUAUCCUGGUUACCAAAUGGGCCAACCCGCAGGAAGUAUUGCGUCAGGGGCAUUCAACUCUGGAUUCAAGGGACUCUGCAGUGUCUUUGUCACAGCUGCUUUCUCGUUUGCUGGAACCGAAUUGGUUGGCCUUGCCGCUGCCGAAUCCGAAAAUCCUCGAAGAAGUCUCCCAACAGCUAUCAAGCAGGUUUUCUGGCGGAUCUGUUUGUUCUAUAUUGUCUCCUUGACAAUAGUCAGUCUUCUGGUGCCAUAUGGAGACGCGAGACUACUCGGAGACAGUAGCGAAGAUGCCAAGGCCUCACCUUUCGUAAUCGCCAUUAACAAUGCCGGUAUUGAGGUGCUCCCUUCAGUGAUGAACGUCGUCAUUCUCAUCGCUGUCUUGUCCGUCGGCAACUCCUCAAUCUAUGGCUCUUCUCGAACUCUUGCAGCAUUAGCAGAGCAGAAUCAAGCUCCUAGAAUUCUCGCAUAUAUUGAUCGCGCGGGACGUCCUUUGGUCUCUAUCAUCGUGGCAUCAGCGCUCGGCCUUCUCUGCUAUGUCGUGGCCGGUGGUCAAGAAGACGCCAAAACCGCUUUGAACUGGCUCUACUCUCUCUCCGGUCUCUCCUCGAUUUUCACCUGGGGAUCCAUCUGCCUCGCUCACAUCCGCUUUCGAUCAGCAUGGAAGAAGCAAGGUCACUCACUAGACGAGCUCGCAUUCCGUUCCCAGGUUGGCGUGAUCGGUUCGUGGGUCGGCUUCAUUCUGAACUGCCUCGUGCUCGUAGCACAAUUCUGGACCGCCGCUUGGCCCAUUGGGUAUGGAACAUACACUGCUACUGGGAUAGCUCAGAAUUUCUUCUUGGCGUACCUAGCUGCACCCGUUGUCAUCCUGUUCUAUAUUCCGUACAAAAUCUAUUACAGAACGCCGUUUAUGAGAACGAUGAACAUGGAUCUGCAAAGUGGACGGAAGGAGUGGGACACACCUACUUUGCUGGAGGCUGAACGCGUGGAGAGGGCACAGUUGCCGCGAUGGAAGCGCAUCUACAAGAUCUUCUGCUAGAGAUAGACUGGAAAGAAGAGGGGUACAUAGAAAGAUGGAAACUUGCUGAAGAACCGCGGCAGAAUUUAUCGUGUGGGGUUGUCCUUCAGAGAUCAGCACGAGAGAGAGAGAGAGCAGCAGUUGCGCGUACAAGGAUUUUAUAUAGGAAUCAACAAAGAACUCGAAACCCACACCACCGAUGCAAUGUCAAACUCGUCACAGGC